AUGGCUUCUAUUGCCCGCUCCAGCCUCCGGGUGCGCUCUGUUGCGCGUUUGCCUGCGGUUCGUGCUAUGAGCACCACCCGUGUGCUGCGUGCCGAUAAGCCCUUCUUCCCUGAGGAGCCGUCGGGACCCAAGGUGGUCACCGCCAUUCCGGGCCCCAACAACAAGAAGGCUGCUGCUGAGCUGAACGAGGUGUUUGAUGUGCGUAGCAUGAACAUGCUCGCUGACUAUACCAAGUCGGUUGGAAACUACAUUGCCGAUCUGGAUGGAAAUGUUCUCCUUGAUGUCUACGCUCAGAUUGCGUCCAUCCCUGUGGGAUACAACAACCCUCAUCUCCUUAAGGCUGCCGCCUCGCCCCAGAUGGCGAACUCCUUGAUCAACCGCCCAGCCCUUGGCAACUUCCCUUCUGCUGAUUGGGCCAGCAUCCUGAACACCGGCAUUCUCAAGGUUGCCCCCAAGGGACUGGACCAGGUGUUCACCGCCAUGGCCGGCUCCGAUGCCAACGAGACCGCAUACAAGGCCGCCUUCAUGUACUACCGUCAGCGCGAGCGUGGUGGACCUGAGGUUGAGUUCAGCGAGGAGGAGAUUGCCAGCACCAUGAACAACCAGUCGCCCGGCUCCCCCCAGCUGUCCAUCAUGUCCUUCCGCUCUGCCUUCCACGGCCGCCUCUUUGGCAGUCUGUCCACCACGCGCAGCAAGCCUAUCCACAAGCUCGACAUUCCUUCCUUCGAUUGGCCCCAGGCGCCAUUCCCGCAACUCAAGUACCCGCUUGAGGAGCACGCCCAGGAGAAUGCCGCCGAGGAGCAGCGCUGCCUGCAGGAGGUGGAGCGUCUCAUCAAGGAGUUCCACAACCCCGUCGCUGCCGUCGUGGUGGAGCCCAUCCAGUCCGAGGGAGGCGACAACCACGCUUCGCCUGCCUUCUUCAACGGUCUCCGCGAGAUCACCAAGCGCCACAAUGUGCUCUUCAUUGUCGAUGAGGUGCAGACCGGUGUCGGCGCGACCGGCAAGUUCUGGGCCCACGACCACUGGAACCUCCAGACCCCGCCGGACAUUGUCACCUUCUCUAAGAAGGCCCAGACCGCCGGCUACUACUACGGCAACCCGGCUCUCCGCCCCAACAAGCCGUACCGCCAGUUCAACACCUGGAUGGGUGACCCAUCCCGCGCCCUGAUCUUCCGCGCCAUCAUCGAGGAAAUCGAGCGUCUUAAGCUGGUUGAGAACACCGCCAUCACCGGUGACUACCUCUACGCUGGUCUCGAGCGCCUGUCCCAGCAGUACCCGGAGCACUUCCAGAACCUCCGUGGUAAGGGCCAGGGUACCUUCAUCGCCUGGGACACCCCGAACCGUGAUGAGAUCCUGGUCAAGGCCAAGAGCUUCGGCAUCAACAUCGGCGGUAGCGGCGCGAGCGCUGUCCGCCUGCGUCCCAUGCUGAUCUUCCAGAAGCACCAUGCCGAUAUCCUCCUUGAGAACCUCGAGAAGAUCAUCAAGCAGUAA